AUAUAUACCUCUCGCCUGUGUAGGGUUUCCACCCCUCGCGCCCCAGAAGCCCCGACGCUCAAGCCCCCAGACGCCGCAGCGCCGCCACUCCACCCGCAGCGGCAACCAUGGCGGUCGGCAAGAACAAGCGCAUCUCCAAGGGGAGGAAGGGUAGCAAGAAGAAGGCCGUCGAUCCGUUCACCAAGAAGCAGUGGUAUGACAUCAAGGCGCCGCUGCUGUUCACCAGCCGCAACGUCGGCAAGACCCUCGUGUCCAGGACACAGGGUACCAAGAUUGCCUCAGAGGGUCUGAAGCACAGGGUGUUUGAAGUAUCUCUAGCUGAUCUUCAGAACGACGAGGACCAGGCCUACAGGAAGAUCAGACUCCGUGCUGAGGAUGUGCAAGGGAUGAAUGUCCUCACCAACUUCUGGGGCAUGGACUUCACCACUGACAAGCUCAGGUCCCUUGUGAGGAAGUGGCAGACACUCAUUGAGGCUCAUGUGGAUGUGAAGACAACUGACAACUACAUGCUUCGCAUGUUCGCCAUUGGCUUCACCAAGAGACGCCCGAACCAGGUGAAGCGCACUUGCUAUGCCCAAGCAAGUCAGAUCAGACAGAUCCGCCGCAAGAUGGUUGAGAUCAUGGUCAACCAAGCUGCAAGCUGUGACUUGAAGGAGCUUGUGAACAAGUUCAUCCCUGAGGUGAUCGGAAAGGAGAUUGAGAAGGCUACCUCAAGCAUCUUCCCCCUCCAGAACGUGUACGUCCGCAAGGUGAAGAUCCUGAAGGCCCCCAAGUUCGACCUGGGGAAGCUCAUGGAGGUUCACGGUGACUACAAGGAGGAUGUUGGUGUGAAGCUUGACAGGCCUGCUGAUGGGGACGAGGUCAUUCCUGGUGCGGAGGAGGUUGCUGCUGCUGAGUAGAGAAUAGAAGUCGCUAUUUUGCUGCUUCAUAUCUAGAAGAUGAUAUAUGUGCCACUUGGUGUCGUGAACUUUGUAGUCAGUUUUGAUGGCUGAUUUCUUGAGUACUUGUGUCGACAUUCCUAGCCAGCGUUCAGCUAUCUUAUUUUGUUCGUGUUACUUUUCUGGAUGGAGGUUAUGAGUUGAAACUAAAUAUUUAGUUUAUUCCUGCCGGUGUGUUUUUAUGUUUGAAUAGAACUUAUGCUGUGUUGUUUUGUUA